AUGUAGGAAGGAGAUCUUGUGACACAUCAUCCCAAGGAGAGAAGACUGAAGGUUUGUCACUGAGAUAAGUAUGAAGGUAAGUGAGAAAAUUUUGGUGUGCAGCAAACAUUUGGUUUUUAAUGCUUUAUUUGUGAGUGCAAUAUUUCUGCAUGGGGACUUAAGAAAUUUUCCUUAAAAUAACCUGAAAGAAAUGUACAUAUAGAUAUUUUAUGUGUAUUUUAAACAACUGCGUUGAAAAACCCCAAUAGCACAACCUCUCAAACCCAGGAUGAAACACAAAGUUAGAUGCUCUGGUGCCCAUCACUCUUAUCAAUACAUGAAUAACAACAUGGUCUGUAUGAACGAGCAGAGGUGCAACUUGUGCACAGAGGAUUCAUGCCCAAUGCUUCCAUUUGCAUGUGCUGCAUCAGUGAACAAACCCCAAGAAUCGAAAAAAACCCUGUCUUGUGACUUGUGUUAAUCAUGAUUGACAUUGAUAGGAUGCUAAAUUUAAAACAUUUUUUCCUUUGUUUGUAACCUGAGGAAGUAGAGAUUUUGUCUUCUGGUUGGUUUGUUUGUUUGGAAUGACAAGCCCCCUACAUUUGCUUGUUGUCUACAGUUUGGUAAAAUCAAGGUAGAUUUUAUACCACUUUUACUCGUUAGUUUGUACAUUACUCUUGUUUCUGGAGGACCUGAUGUUCUUGUAAAUAGGAGCACAAAAAGGUGCUCACCUUGGUGGCAGUCUCACCAGGAUGGAAUGGAUUUGAGUAAAAACAUAAAGUUCUAUUUAACAUUAGUCCUCUGAUGAGAUCAGUGUGCCCUGAAACACCUUCUGAGCAAGAGGAGGUUUGGCAGCAAGACAGGGACAAGGCAGCAGCUGGGAACACUCUCACAUUGAGAUGUGAAGCUGAGAGGAUGUGCAGAUGUGAAAGACUUUUCCUGCACCUUGUGGUUCUCUGUUGUGCACAGGGGCUGCAUAAGCUCACGGCAUCUGCCCUGGCCCUGUUCCUGGCAGCGUCCUUCAUCGCCUUCUCCUGGAGUGCCCCUCAGGCUCAUUUCCAAAGGAGAAACUGGACUCCUCAGGCCAUGCUCUAUUUGAAGGGUGCACAGGGACGUCGCUUCAUCGCAGAUGAGAGCCAGAGGAAGGACUUGUAUGACAGAGUGCAGCUUGAAACACGCAGCCAAAACACAAAUCCCUUAUCUCUUUCUGAAGCUGCUGCACUGUUCCUUACUUCCUUACAGAAUGCACAAGAAGUGGAAGAAGAAAACAGUGAUCACCCUGGCUACUUGACAGACAAUCUAUCGAAUUGGUGAAAUUAUUUAAAAUGUCUUUAACAUUUGUACAGCUUUGAGCCUGAAAGCAUAACUUGUGUAAGUAGUGUUUCAUCCAUUCUCACUGAAGUUCCCAAAGGGUGAGGUGUUUUUAUAGUGCAAAAUUUUGAAUGCAAAGGAAUUAAAAGGUACUAGUCCAGAUAAGGAAGGCAUCUGUAAAGUCCUGCUUUCUUUAGAGGAUUUUGUAUGUCUCAUUGUAUGUCUCAUCUGAAAUUUAAAAUACAUGGUACCAUCUCACCUGAAAAGAUGAUUAAAACCAUCUUUUUGGACAACCACUUCAUUGAAAAGUUUUUCAGUUGUCAUUGGAAAAUCUUUUACCACCUUCCACUUAGCUGAAUACUGAAGCCUUUUAAACUCUGAUAAAGGCAGGUUCCAUUAUCACUUCACUGGUGUGCCCUGUAGGCUGCUGAUGGUCAAUAAAUUCAGUGAGAUAUAAAAACAUUCCAGCUAUCUGUGACUGCAAAGCUGGUGAUUUUUUGGGGGGUGUUUUUGUUUUUGUGUUUUUGGGGGUUUCUUUGGGCAGAUAUCAGUCAGCACAGAGAAUAGGCAGCAGCACUUAUUGCCCCAGUUCCCUCCUGCAGAAAUACUCUGAAUAAUCCUACUGAGCAAGUCCCAGCACAUAAAGACAGUUUGGGGACAGGUCUUGCAUUAUCAGGGUCUCAUUAACAACUGCAUUGUGAUUGUACUUUUUUUGUUCUUUCUUUCUGAGUUGCAGAACUGGAAUUAUGCAUAAAUCUGUUAAUUAUCAUUCUGUGCUGAUAAGGAUGUAUUAUUUAUGUAGUUCUGUGGUCUUACUGGAAAGCCCUCUGUAGUUCUGAUGUAAUUAAAGAGUAGCCACAUGAUUUCUGUGUCCAAGCAACCAUUUUAUUUUUCUAACCUUCUACCCUAGUCAUGCUCUUCAUCUUUUAAUGUUAAAUUCCCCUGAUCUUUCUCAUAACACUGCUAAUUAAUUCUAACUCACACUAACUAUGAUGUUGCUUCUCCUCAACACACAGAAACACAGCUGAAGGAACAGAUGAAUUAAUUUGUUUCAUGGGGUUAGAGGCACUUUCAGUCAUUGUUUAUAAUCUGUAUCACUUCAUGGAGGAACAUAACUGGUGAAAUCAAAGUGUCCUGCUUUGUUCAUUUUUAAGCACUAAUAUAUCUUCCAACAGCAGUGUUUGUUGUAUUACAGAACACAUGACAAACUUCACCUCAUGACCAGUGGAGUCCUUUCAUUAAUUUAGUUUCCCUUUGUUUCGAGCAUAUUUGGAAUAUCUCAGGUGCAUGUAAGUGAUUUUCCAGUGUGUUUUAGAGGAUCAUCAGUCAGUACUCAGACAAAACAUAGCAUAGAAUCAGAAUAUAAUCCUAGACCUAGAAUGGCCUGGUUUGGAAGAGACAUAAAAGAUCAUCCUGUUCCAAAUGCCCUGACAUGAACCAGGACACUUUAGCCUAGAAAAGUAGAGGGGUUACACAUCCUUUGGUUUAUCAGUGUCUUGAAAUUUAUAUGCCUCUGCCUGUCCCAGUGAUACAGAAACUGUACUCACCCUGUUCCCAGGUGACUGAUUUUUGUGCAUGUUCCUGAUUUAAAGUCUCAAGCUCAAACAAUUCUUCACAAAUAUCAUGAAACAGAAUAAACCUUCUGCCUUGCUGGUGAGCUGUUUGUGAAACCCCAGUGAUUUCCAUCUGGAAGACAAUCCCUUAUGUAACAGAGAGCUGCUACCAAUCUGUUCCUGCGGCUGAAUGAGAAGCCAUUCCCCCAAUGCCAUAAAUUCAACACACAGAAGUGUUCUGCUGUGGAUAAAUCACCUUGUUACUAAUGAUUAACCCUGGAAAGGAAGAACUAACACGAGCCCAAGGCGUGGGGCAGAGGUUGCUUUGGCCACUGCAGGACCUGAAUUUGAGAAUUCAGAUUAGUCCUAUCUCAAAAGCUGUGCACUUUCUAACACCAGGAGGUUGCUCACAGAAUAUGAGUGUGCUGAAACACACACAGCUUUCCCCUGCUCUGUAAGACAGCUUUGAAAUAUGAGCAAUAAAUACAGAUUUCUCAAUUUAUUUAUGAGAACAUCAACUUUCAAUCAAUAUGCCCUUUAUUUAUUCUUUCUUCAAGACUCUCAGCCAUUGCAUCUUUUGACUCUGUAAGGGAACUCUGAUUAGGAGCACUUUGUUGAAGAAACACAAAAUGCAGUUUUUCUCCACGUAGUAAACUGUGUGAAGGAAAAUAUUUGCAGUGUCUUUGCUUUCACCACUUUUAUAUGAAAAAUUACUCAGUGUCUAAUUACCUUUCAAAUGGCUAAAAAAUACUGACUCCUUUUAAUUCUGAAUAAGUUUUUACCAUAAAAACUGGAACAUGACUUCUGAAAAUAUUCUUUCAAGUAUCUGAAUCAGCUCAAGAAUGAAAGUCCAGUUUUAAAACUGAUUUCAGGUGGCCAAAAAUGCAAAUAAGCACAUUGUCACUUUUAUUCUAAAUUGCCUAUAGUCAGAACCAUGUCAUCAAGCAUUGGUUAAGUGUUUGAAAGGUAAGAGCCUAACCAAAGUUGGACAUCUAGGCUCCCCCUGGGAUUGGCAGCAAAGGUAAACACUUCCAAAGCUUACAUUGUCCUACCUGCUGAAGGACAGGCUGAAUAAAAUCCUGGAAAUGUCUUUUCUUGAGCAGCGUGAGAAAUUUGUGAUGCACAAACUUGAAAAACAAGAGAUUGAUCCACUUCCUGAUGUCUUCAUGUCAAGAUGUGCUUCUGGAGAGCCUGUUCAGGCACUCUCUGCAUCUCUAGGAGCUGAAAUACUUCUAAAAACUUUCUGUAAGGCAAUUGAAAUGUUUAGUUCUUGUUCUGAGGAUCAGUUAUUCCCCAAGAACUUUGAAGUCUCAGGUGCUUUUCAAAAUUAUAUCUGAAAGUUUUUAAGCAUUAUUUGUUAGGAUUAGGUCUCUUCUAGAAGAAGUGAAAUAGAGCAUGGACUAAUGGAAAUUACUGAUCCUUGAAUGUUGUCACAUUGGUCUGUGGCUUCUUGUCUAGAGGGGA